AUGCCGGCUAGAUUGGCGGCCUGCGACCCAUGUCGGAUCUCGAGAGUCGCCUGCGACCAUGUCCGUCCUGUCUGCAGUCGGUGCCACAAGGAGAACAAUGUCGAAGGAUGUGUGUAUCGAGACCGGCCAUUCAAGAGGCGCCGGCGAAGCGAAAAUGCAUCUCCUCGUCCGCCUUCAACACCUGCUACCGCCCGACCAGACAGCAACAGUACUUCUCCAGCCUUCGUAGAGCGUCCGCUCGCCCUGCCCGUACAUGCCUACCCGAAUCCUGGCUUCCUUGGAGAUUCAAGCCAUACGGCUAUCUUCGAGCAGAUCGUUGCCAGCCACGAGAGUAGCGAAGUGCACACUCCAACGACACCAGGCAUCGUCACGGCUCACCUAGCGCAAGGUCGGCAAGCUUCUCAGGGCCCACAACUACUUCGAGGCUCUGCCUUACUUGACAGUCUGCGGAGCACCUUGCGGCCAUCAUCGUGCGCGAAUCUGCUCAAAGCUUGGUCGUGGAAAGGCACCAACUUAGCACUAGCCGGGGAUCUGCUGCGGCCUUGUAUAGACACCGUUGUUCGUGUGCUAUCAAGUCAAUGCCCAAGCAUCGACGUUUCCCAGAAGCUGUUGACAAAUUCCUUGGUCGCUCUCAAAGCUGAUUCAACGUACGAUGUCAGUCGCUAUCGAUCUCAGUUUGUCAACGACAAUAUCAGGUGGGAGAGUCUUGGUCUAUUCCUUGUCGCCAUCAGUCGUGCUGCUACAGAUCUAGACGAGUAUGGUGAGCUCUACCGAACUCAGCCAGACAGGCGAAAGUGGCAAACUACCGCCCUUGAGCUGUCUGAUCAGUGCUUAGAGAUAUGCCUGAGUCUUGAUUGCUUAAACGAUCUACAGCUUCUACUACAAUACGAGAACUGGAUCGCACACUCCAUGGUAGAUGGAGAUCAAAGUUAUCACUCCUGGAGAAAGCUCGGCGACGUGAUCAGUUCCCUCUUCGCUUUGGGAUAUCACGAGAGAAUCGACACGGAAGGACAAUUGCCGGCCUUUUUGAAAGACUUGCGUAGCACUGCGCUGGCACGUACCUUCUCCGGAGACAAGAAUGUCUCGAUAUUUCUUGGCCGGCCACCCCGUAUUCACAGCAACUACUGUGAGGUCAAAAGUGUGAUCACCAGCAUCGCCCCACCAAGUGCAUGUGAGCAACUCCCUGAGCAAGGAGGUGACAUACGCUUCAGCUAUGCACUUGAAUCCUGGUGGACAGCUUCAUGCGCACUGCUCAAAGAACAGAUUCUCGACGGCCCCAGGAAUCGAGGCUACGAGCAGCGGUUGGGUAUCGCAAGAGAUGUGCAGGCUCAAGCAGAGCAGCUAUGGCAGUCGUUGCCCAGUCGUUUCCGCCUCGAAGGACCCCUGAGGCUUUGCGACAAAUUCUCUCCUGUGGAGCGCGACUUUCUUGCCAGCGCGAAGCUGAACUACCUCCACGUCCACUUUCUGAUCCAUCUGACACUGACACAGUGUACCCCAGAGCCGGAUGUCGAGCUUCUGGGCGUCGCAGUACAGAUACUCAACUUGACCGUAGAGGCGACGGUGCUGAAAAGCCAUGUUGAGAACUCAGGGACUGGUCAUGUGUGGAAGGUUGCGUACUACGGCCUGCCAGCAGCUGGAAUCAUCUGCUUAUGUCUCUUGAACCGGCGCCUCGGAACGCAUAAUGGUGGCAUACCUGUUUUUCAAACUAUCCAAGACCUGGGAGUACUCGUCGCCCACACAGAGACUGGGGCACUGAUCCAUGUGGACGAGCCCAAUUACUCGCUCUUGGCCGCCGCCACCGGGACUGUCAAGAGCCUGCUCGAGAAGACUCUUUCAGGAACCAUUACACAACCAUAUCAGGUGCACAGUAGACCUCUAGAGACUCCAGCACCUCCCGACUGGGCUCCAUGGAGCGCUGAACAAGGCGGCUGGGAUUUCGAACUCGACUUUUGGUUGAACCUUGCCGAUCAUCCCGAGCUGUCCAGCAACCCUACACAUAAUUUCGCAGCAUCAUGA